ACUUUUUUUCAAACAAAAACAAAAGGCGGGGCCUCGUUAGGGUUGCUGAUGGCUCCUGAUUUCUCUAAAAACAUGGACACCAAUCAGCUGAUUUCUUUAGCCAAAGACGUCGUUAGGGUUUUGGAGGAUCCUACUGAUCGUGACUUCAACGUCUUCUCCGAAUGUCUCCAACGCACAUUCCCUAUUUCUUCAACCUGCAACUCCGAUCUCAACGAGGUUGCAUCCUCUUUCAAAGAUUAUCAGAACAAAGUAGAUUCCCACAAGCAGAAAAUAGAGGAUGUUAGAUCAGAGACUGUUGCUGAUGCAGAACUAGAGCUUCUGCAGAGUGAAUUGGAUGAAGAACUUGAAAAACAACGCUUGUUAAAAGAAGAGUUUAGAGCCAUUAGCAAUGAGUUUAAUGAUCUAGAAAAGCAACAGAUUUCUAUCAAAGAGCAGAAAAAGAAGUUACUCAAACUCGAGCAAGAAAGGCAGAGGGAACGGAUGCUACUUUCAAUGUAUGCUUCUGUCACAGAUAUUGUGCCAAAUUUGGAUGAUGAAUCGAAAAUUUCAGGAUUCAUUGUUGAAAAGGAAAAAAAAGCAGUGGAGAAAUUCGAAUACGACACGUCACAGAUGACUAUCCUUGAUGUAUGCAACGACAUCUGGAAAAUAAUAAGUGAUUGAUGCAUGUAAAAAUGCCUCUGUUGAAUGAUAUUUGUAACUUAAAGUAAUUUCUUACUGAGUGCCAUGUUAGGAAUCCAACAAUCACUUACUUAUGAAUGAUAAUUUAAAUCUUACAGUGUUGAUAUUGAGUUGUAGGAUACUAAGUUUCAUUAGUGUGUAUUUCAUGUCAAGAACUAGAUACUGGUUUGGAUCUUAACAUAGUUGGCCACCUGUUAUAUA